ACGCGACGAGACGGACGGAAGAAGCGACUCUCGUAGACUGCCCCUCCUCCAGCUUGCACUUGCCAUGACAGUGAUGCAGCUCGUGAGGCACAACGUACUGCGGCCCUCAGAUCUAGACGACCAUUUCCUCAUUGAUGCCAAGAAGCGCAACUACACCACACAGUAUGCUAACCUCUACUUCCUUCGUCUGGCCAUCCUCAAGCCUGUUGUGCUCAACAAUGCUGAAGUGCGGUGGUCAGGCCUCACGCUCCACGAUGGACGCAGUGCAGCGCAUACACCACGAGUCCUCGAUGUUCAACAAGGCGAACUGACUUGGCUCGUCGGCACUUUGUACAUGGAGAUGCCACUCAAGCCCAAUAUUCUUGAAGACAUCACAGCAGAACACUGGCUUGCAGCAGCAGUUCCCAAACAAACUUGGCGAGAUCCGCGGAGGGAUUCAAUACAGCUUGAAGACGAAUCAGGUCGUGUUCAGCUGAUUGGUGCGAAAUUGCUCGAGGAAAUUCUAUGUACGGGUAUUGUGGUCGGUGUCUUGGGAAGUGAGACGAGCAGCGGUGAGUUCGAGGUGAUUGAUAUUGUCCAUGCCGACCUCCCACCUGGUCGCCAAAUAUCUGCGCAAGAAGAUGUGGAGAUGACGGAUGCGACACCUGGUAUUGGUGGCUCAAACGCAAGACCGAAUGACGAGUAUGUCGCUAUUGUCUCCGGCCUGGAAAUUUCUGGAACGGAUGCAGCACCCUUGACCUUGUCCUUAUUGCUCGACUUUCUAACGGGAGACUUGCUUGAUGAACCGGAUCAGCAAUUCUCAUCCAGGAUAUCAGCCUUGAUUGUUGCUGGCAACAGCAUCACUUCAACACCCCUACCCAAGGAAGAUGCCAUGUCGCGUCGCUUGACAAAGAACAAGAAGUACGGUUACGAUGCUGCGUCCUACAAUCCUCGCCCCAUCGUGGCACUCGAUGAUUUCCUAGCAGAAAUCAGUGCAACAAUGCAGGUCAUCGUCAUGCCUGGUGAUAAGGAUCCAACAAAUAGCACCAUGCCACAACAACCAGUACACAAGGUCAUGCUCAAGGAUACGCGUAAGUUUGAUGGCGUUACGCUCAAGAGAGCCACGAAUCCAACUUAUCUUGAUAUGGCUGGAAAGAUGUUCCUUGGAUGCUCUGGGCAAACGGUGGAUGACAUUGCUCACUACAUUGCCACUGACCCUGUCGAUCAAGAUGUCAUGGCAGAUAGUCAAGCGGGUGAUGCGUACGAAGACGUUGAUGUGCUUGCCAUCAUGGAAUCCUGUCUGCGUUGGAGACAUAUGGCUCCCACAGCACCAGACACCUUGUGGACUUAUCCCUACUCGGAUCAAGAUCCAUUCAUCAUGAAGACCUUGCCAGAUGUCUACUUCCUUGGCAAUCAGGCGAAAUUCGACGACCGCUUGGUAGAACACACAACACGGGACGAGCAAGGUGAGCAGACCAGCCGUUGUCGCUUGAUUACAGUGCCCAAAUUCAUCCAAACAGGAGAACUCGUCUUGGUGAAUCUGAGAACGCUUGAAGUAGAGCUCAUCACUUUUGAGGGGUGUUGAGGUGCAUCUGAAAAAAC